AUGGAGGACUUUGAGAAAAAGAGCAUGGCGGCGGAGUUUGUUGGGAGCUUUGCACUCCUCUUCGCCGCCGAGCUCCUGAGCCUGUUCAGGUCGGACCUGUUCUCGUACGGCCUCGCGUUGUCCCUGACCUACGCCGUCGUGGCUUCAGCCCUCCACCAGUUCCGCGGUGUACAGCUAAACCCGAUCCUGACGCUGAUUGAAGUUUUUGCCGGACGCAUCAAGCUCAAGAGUGCUUUGAUGAGCAUGGUUCUUCAGUUUGCCGGAGCGGCUCUCGGAGCUUCGCUGGCGGCCUUGAUUUGCGGCGAGUCGGGCAUUCUGCCCGCUGGAAUAGAAGGCGCGGUGUCUUCAAAAAUUCUUCUCGCACAGCUCGUUUUCUGCACCACUUUGGCGUUUGCCCACAUCGAGACGUCAGCGGACGGCGGCCAACUCUCCGGCGUGACCGUGGCCCUAGUCACGUACGCCGCAUACACCGCGACCUUUGGCCUCUCUGGAUACCUCAACCCCGCAGUGGCGCUCGGCACAAAUAUCGGAAAUGCACUGCAAGGAACCUCAAUCAAUUACUCCCAGUUUGCGUCGUUUGUGGUGAUCCCCUUCUUGGCUGCGGCGGCGGGCUGGGGCGCCUACAAGCUGUCGUACGACAACCUGCUCAUGGCGGAAUUCUUUUCAAGUCUUUCCUUCACCUACUGCGCGUGCUGCGCUAUGACAGGGGAUAUCAAAGGCACCAACACAGCUAUCAGCAUUGGGUGCAUGGCGGCGGCGCUGAUUUACGCGAUAGGCUGGAAAUCUGGCGGCGCACUCAACCCAGCCGUCACCUUGGGCACGCUGGUCUCGGGUCACAACCGCGUCGCCGAUAUGCUGUUUUACUGCUUCUUCCAGUGUGGAGCAGGCGUUUUGGGAGCCGUCUUGGCGCGGUACACGAUGGGGCCUCUCGGGCUGUUCAACAUUCUAUCGUCAGGAAACCACAUCUCUGACCUCCUGACGCUGCUCCUCUUCAGUAUGCUCCUCAUGGCCGCCUAUUCCUUGACGUUUGGAGAUCUCUUUGGACGCCCUGCGGGGACUGUGAUCGGCGCGGUGUAUACAGCUUUCCACUUGGUUUCUUCUAAGGCCCUCACUCUCAACGUCCAAACAGCCUUCGGCAUCAUCAUCAGCCAGCUUCUUCUCAACGGCUACGCCGAAGACUGGGGGAGUGCCGUGGCGUGCCUUACCAUCCCCAUUCUCGGCUCUUUCCUCGCCUCCGGCCUCCUCUCGCUCCUACCUAGCCGAUACCAAAGACACGCAUGA